UUAAUGGAACAUUCAUGAUAUGAGCCAACAGGAUUUUCAGAAUCAACAACUUUUUUGUGAAUAAUGGAUAAUAACACAAACCACCUGGACAAUGAUACUCUGGCAAUGCUUCAGAAUAAAGCUAUUAUGUACACCCUCCCAAUAGUAUACAGCUUGGUAGCUUUAAUCAGCAUCCCCGGCAAUCUGUUCUCGCUUUGGGUGCUCUGCUGGCACAUCAAACCCAGAACACCCUCAGUGAUCUUCAUGAUCAACCUCAGCAUCACAGAUCUUGCCUUGGCAAGCUGUUUUCCCUUCCAGAUUAUUUACCAUAUAUAUGGCAACCAUUGGAUCUUCGGUAAGAAAUUGUGCAGCUUAGUAACAGUGAUGUUCUACUCCAACAUGUAUUCUUCUAUACUCACCAUGACCUGCAUCAGCGUAGAGAGGUACUUGGGUGUAGUGUAUCCUAUGAAGUUAAUUAAGUGGAGAAGGAAGAGAUAUGCAUUUGCUGCCUGCGUUGGAAUAUGGAUCAUUUUAAUGAUAGCCCUGCACCCACUGGCAAUCAAAGACCUAACCUACAAUGUGCAAGAACUGAAGAUUGUAACUUGUUUUGAUGUUCUCAAACGGGAUAUGCUACCCAGCAUGUUACAAUGGGCAAUCUUUCUUCUCACCCUGUUUGUUUUCCUCUUCCUGAUCCCGUUCAUCGUGACUGUAGCCUGCUACGUUGGCACUAUUCGGAAGCUUGUUCAGACCUCUAACACCCAUGGUAACAGACAAACAACAAGAUCUAUUUACCUGGCUGGAAUAGUCCUCUUGGUGUUUAUCACUUGCUUUGCUCCUAAUAACUUUAUUUUACUUGUACAUAUGAUCAACCGUAUCUUUUAUAACAAGAGUUUCUACCCUGCUUACAAGCUCACCCUGUGCCUCAGUUGCCUGAACAAUUGCCUUGAUCCAUUCAUUUACUACUUUGCAUCCAAAGAAUUUUACCAAAAAUUCAAACAGGUGUUUGGUCGUAAAGUAUCAGUCAGUGACAAUUUCGAUAUCAGGAGGGAAAGUUUAUUCUCUGCCAGGACAAUGUCAGCCAGGUCAAUGUCAAGUGGGCCAAUGGAAGGGAUAGAGGGAGUUAAGGUAUGUUUGCAAAGGCAAGAAAGUGUUUUUUAACCACAGACCCCAGAAGUGGAAAAGUAGCAUGAACAUUAUUUUUACCUGGUAUCCUGCAAAAACCUUUCCCACAGCAAUCGGAAUCCAGUGACAUCAAAUAGAAAGUAUUUCAUGCAUUAUCUUAAAUUACCAUUUCAUCUUGGAAACACACAGGACUGCAUAAGAAGGAGUAAGAUGAACCAAAGUCAUCAGAGGAGAGAAAUGAUCCAGUGAAACCCCAAGGAUUCAAGUGCAAGAUAUUAUUUUAUGGAGUGUAACAGUAAUUAGAUAGCAAACAAUAAGCAAAAAAACCCUUCAAUCAAAGGUUAAUUAUUCCCAGUGUUUAUUAAAAAUGACUGUAUAAAAAUGAUAUUAGAAUGUGUUUGGGCACAGGGAGAUAGUUUUGUAAAUAAUGUGUAUAUUUAGAUAUUGCUUUCUUAUCUUGUAAUAGCAAAAGAAUGAUUUUAUCAUGAAUGCAUUAUGUAUAGCCACUGUGAAGUCAUCACAACACUGAUAUUUUGCACUCUUGAUUUUUACACAUCCUUUACUAACCACAUUAAUCUUAAAAGUGGUUAGUUAGGUUAAUAUUUUUAUUUCAAUUUCAAAUAUUACAAUAUCUCGUAAGACAAAGAAAGUAUUGAAGACCAACAUCAGUACCUUAAGCCACAUGAAUACCCCAACUGCUAGACAGGUUAUAUCAUAACAUUCUUAAAAACUGACAUUUCUGAGAGUGAGAUACGGAUAGUUUAAGUAGCAAUUUGCAUACACCAACCCACUACAGUAAUAAUGUUGCUGCUGUUACUCAGGUUAUUUUACACCAAUUUAAAAUACAACAAAUUUUGUGGUCCCCUUAAACUAAAUUCCCAUUACAAAUCAUGAGAAUAUUGCAUUAUUUGAUUUAUGGACAGAAUUUUCACUUUCCUCAAAGUUUAUGGUCCAGAUUCUUAACAAUUUGAAAUGGCAAUAUUGCCAGUCAUGGCCAUCUGGCUAAUAUAACCCACCUGAAGAUCCUGUCUCUAAACUCUUCUCAUAAGUCCUGAUAUCACUAGAUUUGAUUUUGAUCUUCCCGCAUUGGAACUGCAUUUGUUUCAGGAGGCAGACAGGCAAACAAGCAGAAAGAAAGAAAGACAGAGAGAUAAGAGAAAGAAUAAAGGAAUGAACAAACAAAUGAAAAAAGGAACGAAAGAAAGAGUAUGGACAGUUGACAUGCACCACUUUCCUGGGUACUAAUUAGGUACUCAGGAUUAUUGGACAACGAUAUGUUCAGAACUACCUAUUUCAAUAUCCUGACCUACAUUGUGUCAUACUUUACCUCGAUCUGCAACUGAAUAAUUAUUGAAAACAUGGUAACUAAAGAUUUUGUUAAACUUCUCAAAAUAUUUGUUCCUAAUUAUUUAUUUAAAAUGUUGUUUCAUUCUGGCAAAAGGAACAAGCAAGCUUUGUGGCACAACUGAACCUGCAUCUUUCUCAGGCCUGAGGAAAAAACCUUGAUUCCAAAAAUCUUAUUGGGUGUUUCUCCCAACUAUUCAAUUGGUCUAAUACAAGGUAUCACACAGAACCCCUGCCUCUGAUCAACAGUUUCAAGAUUAGAUCACUGCCAUCUACCUGACUUUCCAAUUAAGGCAAGAUUUGAACCCAGUCCUUCUGAGGUGAAUAGGUCUUUGUUCUAUCAUUAAACUAUUGCACUGCCUACACUCUAAAGACCAUUUUUUGUUAUAUUUGCUAAGUAACAAAAAACACAGAAAAAAACUUGUAUCUAACUUUGUAAGGAUUUCCUUCUGCCUUUAAUCCCCAAUCAAAAAGUCAAGUACCAGUGGAGAUUAUACCCAAGAUGAAAAACAAUGCGUAUAGUGAUUUUGUUCUAAAAUUAUCUGAAUAUUUCAUAUAAUAUUCUAGUGAUAUUUUAAAGUGUUUCAUAUAAAGUUUACAUUUUUGAAUGAGUAGGAAGCUAUCCAACAUCUACUUCUAAAAAGAAAGUAAAAUAAGAUGUAUAAAAUAUAAUACAUGCACAAAACUUUGUAAAAAUAUUACUUGCCUUAGACAAGGUGAGCCACAGGUCUCCCAGGCUGCAUGCCAUAUGGAUGUAACCCCAAUGUAACAUGUGGGCAUGCAGGUGCCCCACCCCACCGCUACACCAUAUAUCUGUGCAGAUGCUCCCCCAGCCACCACUGCACCAUGGACCUGCACGGCCCCAGGCUCACCCUCUGCUCCCUGCACUGCACUGCACAUUGGUCUGCUCCUGGGAGCAGGCACCAAAAGUGGAAGCUGGAGAAGAGAGGAGGGAGCCCUGAGACUUUAACUGCUAUCACAGGCAGUGAUGAGGGGAGUGGUGACUGGGCAAGAGCCCACAGGCCACCCCUAGGGAGUACGUGCAUUAAACUUUGGAGUAGGUACUCAGGGAAACUCACAUUCAAGUCAAAGAAUAUUUCGCUGCAUAAGGAAUGCAGAACCUGGCCUUAUGUAUAUUGCCUUUUGGACUCAGUGGUGUGGACUGUAAAGCUAAUUUCCUAGUAGAUCUAUAACUGAUGUAUUCAAAGAACAAGGGUAUUGUCCUUUGACCCUUGGAAAGGUCUUUUGUGGAAUGCCACAAAAUUAUUGACACAUGGGUGACUGGUGCCUCUUGAGUCAUGGCCCCCUUGACACCAGUCAGCAACCCGGGGCAGGGUGGUCCCCCAGUGGCCGCUCUCCCUGACCGGGGGCGGGUGGGGGAAGUCCCCCCACAGCUGAUCUCACUCACCAACAUUUUUCUUUGUUUCAUCUUGGGGAAAGGAGCUUAUGCCACUUUUGUCAGGGACAUGCUAGGUUUCCCACAAAACUGAGCCAAAACAAUUCAGCAAUAUCUUUGUAGAUUCUAACUGAGGUUGAUUUAACUCUGAGCGAGCUAAUUUAGGAGACUUUCAGUUGACAGUUGUGAAUAUUGGAUGAGGCUUUAUAUGUUGGCCUACCAUGACUGCUAUCAUUUGAAUUUUUGGUUAAAAUGCCUAAAGUCUACCAACCUUUCUAUGUGAGGUAUGAUUUGGAACCAGUUCUUUUGAGGUGAAUCAGAUAGUUUGCAAUGUUAAUGAGGAGUCCUUGCAGGUGGUACCUUCAUUUGAAGGGAUACAGAUGGCUCAGAGAUAUUUGAUUAUUUUAUUUUCUGCGUGGCUGGGAUAAUUUUAUGGGAAGGGGUCAUGUCAGGAUAACUGUAUAGAUUUCUAUUUUUUUCUCUAGGUUUGUGUGAUCUACUAUUUUAAUUGCUGUAAAGUACUUCGGCCAGUUUGUGUGUGCGUGUAAUAAAAUAAAUACAAAAAA